CGUUCUCAUCUCACGACGAGAAACUCCAAAUGAUCGUUAUGGCGAGAACGAGGGCGGGACUAUCAGAUGCAGGAGUUUAGUUGCGAAAGACAACUUUGCCAAAUUCCACAUAAAAAAAAGUAUUUUAUUUUCUUUGGUGUUAGUUUUAUUUUCCCCGCAUAUCGGGACUUGACUCUGUCGGCCUCAGCCCUUGGGAUCGUAGAGACAGGAAUUGCGUAGCGAUAGACCGGCGUAACGUUACCACUCGGGAUCCUCUCUCAGCCGGACAAUGUAGCGCGUUUCCUUGUUUGACAGCAAGGAGUUGUAUUCAGAACACAACACAACAGAAGGAUGAGUUUCUCAGGCUAUUAACGUUAACAGCAACGGAAAAGUAGUAUUUUACCCGAAGAGGUUCAUCACUAUCAGGUUCUACACGCGAUAUCAGCUCAACAUUGAACAGUUAUAGAUUCCUCUGGAGUUAAAUGUCUGUGCGUUCAACGUACUUAAGGAGCGUUUCUGGAAUUGUUGUUGUUAGCUGCUGAUGUUAGCAAGAUAACUUGCUAGCCACCUUAGCCGACCAGUUGGUUUACGUGAACGAACUGCAAAAGUGUUGUCAAUUAUCUACUUUUCAUUUGUUUGUUAAUGUUGGAUAGAAGGCAGGUCGAUGCCGUGGCUUAUGGAGCCAGGUAACACUUGUCCCAGUGCUUUAAAAACUGGACGUUUAGUUGAGCUGCUCUCUUUAAUUAGCCUGGUGAGCUAACACACAGGCUAGCGCCUGUAGUUCAGAAUAAUGAGUAGAAAACAUCAACACUACAGAGGAGCCGAAGUCAGCUGCUGGGUCAAAUACGUCUUGUUUGGAUUCAACAUCAUAUUUUGGUUACUCGGUGCCGCAUUCCUGGCCGUUGGCCUGUGGGCAUGGGCGGAGAAGGGAGUGCUGGCCAACCUGUCGUCCAUCACCGACCUGGGGGGCUUCGACCCCGUGUGGCUCUUCAUGGUGGUGGGCACCGUCAUGUUCGUGCUGGGCUUCGCCGGCUGCAUCGGGGCUCUCCGAGAGAACACGGUUCUGCUCAAGUUUUUCUCUGUGUUCCUGGGAUUGAUAUUCUUCCUGGAGCUGACCGCCGGGAUCCUGGCCUUGGUCUUCAAGGACUGGAUCAAAGACCAGCUCAACUUCUUCAUCAACAAUAACGUCAAGGCGUACCGCGACGACAUCGAUUUGCAGAACCUCAUAGAUUUUGCACAAAACUACUGGUCGUGCUGCGGGGCCCACGGGCCCAACGACUGGAACCUCAACAUGUACUUCAACUGCACCGACAACAACCCCAGCCGGGAGAGGUGUGGGGUUCCCUUCUCCUGCUGCAUCAAAGACCCCGCCGAGGACGUCAUCAACACGCAGUGUGGCUACGACGUGCGGCUUAAAGCGGAGUCGGACCAGCUGAAGUUUAUCAACACAAAGGGCUGCGUGGGCCAGUUCGAGAAGUGGCUUCAGGAGAACCUGAUCGUUGUGUCUGGAGUCUUUGUCUGUGUUGCACUUUUACAGAUCUUUGGUAUCUGCCUCGCUCAGAACCUGGUGAGCGACGUGGGUGCGGUCAGAGCCAGCUGGUGAGGUCCGUCCUCGGGAGCAGAGGUCACCUGAAGAGGGGGGAGGGGGGGCAGCAGCAGCAGCAUGAUGCUCUUUACACACACACACACACACACGCACACACAUAUACAUACACACACACACACACACACACACACACACACACACACACACAACCAUUCUGACAGAAAAACAACAGAGUUUACCUCCCAGACUAUCUGCCAUGUCGGCUGGAGGUAGGAUUGGGGGCGGCGGGGGGUCGGGGAGAAUCAACACAACGGCUUGUUUACCACGGUGCUGGGGGAGACCGGACCCUGACGGAGCUGGGGGGGGGGUUCGCUCUCAAGCACACCUCACAGUCUGGAGCGUUUGUAUUCGGGUUUCUCUCUGGGUCCUUUUUUUGUUUGGUGUUCUCCCCCGGCUCUCCCCCCCCCCCCCCCCCCCCCCCCCCGCCAAGGGACCAAGGGUAGGGAGCGCCGGGCGACUGGAGGAAUUAAUUGCGCGGAAAGAACACGUGACUGGAGCCUUCUGAAUGCUUUGUCUCCCGUCGUCUUGAUGUCACACAAGCCGCCGCCCGGCGCUGCCGUCCCUCACGUAUCACAUUCCACUAGAACUGUUCAUCGACGGCCGUCGUCGGGCGUGGAUCGGAUGAGGUCUUACUCAUGCAUUCCUACCCGGGGAGUCGUUCUGGUCACCCCACAUGACCACUGAAGACCCGACACUGGCCGGUCAAGUAGGCCACAUUUUAAACGCAUAUACAGAGGGAUUCAAAACUUUUUUUAAGUUGUGUGUGUGUAUAUAUAUAUAUAUAUAUAUAUAUAUAUAUAUAAAGGUGCCAUUAUUUAGUGUUUUUUUUCCUUUCUUUUGUAACCCAUAUUUUUUACUUUCGUCAACACAAGUUUGCAGGUUACAGGGCACAGCUGGAUCCCCUGAGUUUUUUGAGCACCGGUUUCCAAGGUAACCUUCGGUCUAGCUACAGGUCAACCUUUUUACCAAGGCAACCCCCGGGUCUAGCUACUGCGUAACACAGGUUACCUAUGGCAACCCAGCAUCCAGCUACAGCUUGGCACAGGUAACCGAGGCAACCCGCGGGCUACCUUCAGGUAAAUAUUACUAUACACAAACCCGUGGGAAUCUCUGCUUUAUCGGUUUAUCAAUUUAAGGUGUGUUGUAAUCUGGCUUUAUUGGGGUAUUCUUAGCUGAGUUUGGGGUACCUCUUUGUUAUUUUCCCCAAGCGUCCCCGAGGGACGCGGGAUGUCUGGACCGAGGCCUGGUUCCAUUCACCGGACUGGGGUGUCCAAACUAUGGUUUUCAUGUUCUAUUGCUUUUUCAUUUUUAUGUCUUUGAAUUGUGAGGUUGAAGCCGUUAUGACAUAGUAUGCUGUUUACUUUUGAUAUGCAUACGGGUGUUUGCUAACUUCGCCAGGUGUAGAAUCUCGGGGAGAGGAAACACUUUUCUUCCCUGAUGGAAACCAAAUAUUGCAAGGGAGCCUCCAGAUGACUCAUAAACAUAUCUCAUUGAUGGGGGAUUCCAUUAUGAGAGGAAACAACAGUGUAAUUUGGCCUUGCUAAUAAGCCUUUUCUUGGUUAACUUGAAUGUGAUUAGAUCUGCUAAUUCCUUUACCAACCGAGGGACAAGUGCCUGUUUUCAAUAAUUUAAUACGUUUAAAAUGUCACUCACAACUUUCACAUCAUAGUAUUGUUUCUGCUGAGCUCUUGUCAUGCGCAUGGAUUUACAAUGUUGUUUAAUUGGAUAUACACUUAGGUCUCUUCAAACACAAUAUAACAUGAAUGCUGCUUUACGGAUGACUAGUGGUAUUUAGUACAACGUCCAGGGCAACAGCGCCUAGCACUUCAAUUUAUCCAAUUAUAUUCCCUUUGACUGUUGCUUUACUGUGAGCAUCACAGAUCAUCAUUUGUUUGACUCUGUACAAAGCAUAACACUUUGCUGUCCCCAUCUUCCUCUCUGCCAUGCAUCCUCAAAACGGCCAAGGGUGUUUUCACCGGGCUCUUUGAUACGAGCACGAGAAGGUCAAAUGGUUGCUAUUCUCUAACCAGUGGCUUCAUUUGUAAAUGAUUCCGCUGUGGAACGAUUCUGCAGCCAUGGAAUCUUAAAUCACUCUCAAUGACCAGAUUAGUAUUUAAGGUCAUUCCCCUGUCAACCAUUAAACACAGUAGGAGGGGAGUGCAGGCAACAAUGCCCUGACGCACCAUUUUCAACCCAAAUCUUUAUCGUUCGACUCGACUUAGGUUUUCCGACACCAAAAUGCUUAGGUGUAAUGUAUAGGUUUCCUUUUAUUUUCUUGACUUGAUCUUUUUAACGUGGAUGCAUUGUCCCAUUCCAAACGUCUUUGAGUACACUGCUUCUGGGGCCACCGCUUCACUCAGGGUCUGAAUACAUUCCUGUCUUGCUUCUGCACAGUCAGGGAUUUCUGUGUUGAGUGUGCCCCCCCCCCCCCCCCCUCCUCCAUUAUGAACAGAUGUAAUAAACUAAGACAGGUAAGGGAUCGCAAUGCCAAGCUGGUCUUUUCUCCAUGAUGUCCAUACUGUUGCUAGGCAACACACACGCACGUUCGUUGGGGUAGAAUAAUUACCAAGCCCUCGCCAUACGGUAGGCGUGUACAACCCCUUAAUAUGCACAAUCCAUUAGGCUUAUUUGCUGUUGGACUCUGAUGUUUGUUUCCCACCGAAGACAAUUAUAUUUGGUAAUUGUUUUUAUGCAGGGGACGGUGGAUGAAGAGAGCAGGCAGCUAAUUGUUAUUUUGUCCCUUUUAAGCAUGAUAGCCUGGCAAUGUUGAAUAGGUCCCUUGUGGACCCUAUAAUACAGUAGUUCCCAAACUUGGGGUCGGGACCCAACGCCGGGUCCCCUGAUGUACAUAUAAAGUCAUGGGAGAUAGUUGACAUAAACUGGACAUUUGAUCCAUUUUAGCAAACAAUGCUUUUCUUUAGGAUGCCUCCUAGUUUUCCAGUAUCUACAAACUGACUGCCUUAUAAUUCAUUGCUAUGAGCGAAUCACUUGGUGUGUAGUAGAGUGAUGCGAUUACGUUCACUGGGAUAUUGAUUUUACCAGGAGAUAUUGAUUGGAUAAAAACUAUUCGUUCGGAAGCAGAUCAACAAGAUUUAGAGUCUGGCUGGCAAACAUUUUCAGAACUGAAAAAGGGGUCACAAGCCACAAAAUGUUGGGAGCCACUGCUUUAAUAGGUUCCAAGGAGAGAGGAGCCUUAUGUAUGCCACAAAUGUCUCUUUCAAUAUGGACCUAUACCUCAGCCCUCUGCAACGUACAACGCAUGCAAAUUCCAGGACUGCGACCGGCACUGUGUACUUACUGGGGGGGGUAUUUUAGUUGUUGCACGUUUGAAUUCUUUCACAAACAAUUCAUCAGAAAGGAGCGCUUGUGUUCCAUUAUUCGUGCUACAUUUUGUUAGGUGUGUUUUCCACCCCCCGACCUUCCCAGUUGAUGUUAAUCAGUUCCAGCUCGAGAUAUGUGUGCUAAUAAUUAACAUAUACAUUUAAUGUGUAGGAUUGAUUGCUUCCUUUUGGUCCCUCUAUAUAACUUAACAUGCAGAAAAUGUUCCCAUGUCUACCUCACAACCCGCUGACGUUUGCAACCUGCUGGGUCUUUCUGACGCAGCGGGCACAAGCGUCACAGUGGAGAAUGAAUACAGGCUUCUCCCAACCGGUGCAUGCCUGUGACUGACACACAGAUCCGGCCUGAUACAAUGCAAUGUCGGACACGUACCUUUUUAACCUGCAGUCACGGCCCGUCGUUGGUCAUGCCUAAGUACGUCCGACGGGGUUUAAAUCGGAGUCGACGGGCAUUAAAGCCUUGCCCACAGAACUCAUAAUGUGGACGUGGAAGAAGUCUAAGCAGAGCUUAUCUUUUUUUAUAGAUGCUGAUGUCUUUGUUUGACGUUUGUUUGGAGCAUGUGAUAAUUGUAUAUCUUUUUAUUUUCUAAGAUUGCAACAAUAACCGGCAGAGUAGACAAGCGAGUUGUCCAUUAUUCUGUCAUGGUUUGUCUUGCAUAUUAAAAGGCCUUCAGGCGUAGGCUUGCAAAAUACUCUUGAAACGUGUGGGACAUGGUCUUUUACACUGAAUGUGUUGGAAAAUGCCUCUUUCAUAUAUUAAAUAAAGGAUUUAUGAAAAUGG